AUGGCAUCUCAAGGCAAUCACUCCUACCAAGUCAUCAUUACCUCUGAGGAAGACAAACCACAAGCCGAGAAGCGUCGGGCAAUAUACUUGAGGCCCUUCUUGCUCUUCUGGCUCAGCUCCUUCAUCUUCGAGGUCACGAUGCUGCUGAUCAGUAUCGUUGUCUUCUCAGGGUUCCGAGAUUUCUUUCCCCGAUUCAUGUGGACAAUCUUCUUCUGCCCUCUUGGUAUGGGCGGGGCAAUGGGGGGUCUUGUGAAUUUCUUCAUUGUCGACAAGCAUUACGGCAGUAGGGCUGUUCAUUUCUGCGCCAUUAUGAGUCUGCUUGUCCUGGGCACUUGCAACGAUCUCUGCUACAACCUGGAUCUUGUAUUUGGUUGGUUCGGCGCUCACGAUCAUUUCUGGUGGUGGCAAGGACGCUAUCCCCUCAUUUAUGGCGUCGGGUUUGGGAUGGGGAAGCUUUUGUUCACCGACAGGGGACAAGAAACCCUGUCUCAGUGGGGAGUUUGA